CGGCAUACCCCGAGCGAGUGGAAGUCAUGCUCUUCUGCACUGGCGGACGACUUUUCCAAACUUCCUUAGUCCACCUCCUGUACCCUCCAUCUUCUCUCUGAAAACAUUUUCUCUCUCUAGAUCACAUUCAUUCUCUUUUCUUUCUUUCAUUAGAGGGACAUUUCUUCUGAAAUUUGUUUCGAUCUUCUUCAAGAUCUCGCCGUUGUCUUCCCUUCAGUCCUCAAACGGAAGGUCAGGAUCUAGAGAAAGAGAGGGAGAAUCGAACGAUUCGGACCAGCUGAGACGUUCUCUCUCGGCUGGAUCUGAUCGAAGAUGGCGUUGUCUGGCAUGAGAGGUCUCUCCGUCUUCAUCAGCGACGUUCGAAAUUCCCAGAACAAAGAACAGGAACGCCUUCGGGUUGAUAAAGAGCUCGGCAACAUCCGCACACGUUUCAAAAACGAAAAGGGUUUGACACAUUAUGAAAAGAAAAAAUAUGUUUGGAAAAUGCUUUACAUUUAUAUGCUGGGUUACGAUGUAGAUUUUGGUCACAUGGAAGCAGUUUCUUUAAUAUCCGCGCCAAAAUAUCCAGAAAAGCAGGUUGGGUACAUAGUGACUUCGUGUUUGCUCAACGAGAAUCAUGAUUUUUUGAGACUAGCAAUUAACACUGUCCGCAACGAUAUAAUAGGUCGCAAUGAAACUUUUCAGUGCCUGGCAUUGACUCUGGUUGGAAAUAUUGGUGGGAGAGAGUUUUCUGAAUCUUUAGCACCUGACGUUCAGAAGUUACUUAUUUCCAGUAGUUGCAGACCACUUGUGAGAAAGAAGGCGGCACUUUGUCUCCUGCGCCUGUAUAGGAAAAAUCCCGAUGUUGUUAAUGUAGAUGGCUGGGCAGAUCGGAUGGCGCAGCUGUUAGAUGAACGUGAUGUGGGUGUUUUGACAUCUUCUAUGAGCCUUCUUGUUUCUUUAGUGUCAAAUAACCACGAUUCAUAUUGGAGUUGUCUUCCAAAGUGUGUCAAAGUAUUGGAAAGGCUUGCUAGGAACCAGGAUGUUCCACAAGAAUACACUUACUAUGGUAUCCCAUCUCCUUGGCUUCAGGUUAAGACAAUGAGGGCACUUCAAUAUUUUCCAAGCAUUGAGGAUCCAAAUACUAAAAGAUCAUUGUUUGAGGUUUUACAACGGAUACUAAUGGGAACUGAUGUUGUGAAAAAUGUGAACAAAAACAAUGCGUCACAUGCUGUUCUCUUUGAAGCCCUUGCUCUUGUCAUGCAUCUUGAUGCUGAAAAAGAAAUGAUGUCUCAGUGUGUUGCCUUGCUUGGGAAAUUUAUUGCUGUGCGUGAGCCAAAUAUUCGGUAUCUUGGUUUGGAGAACAUGACUCGAAUGUUGAUGGUUACAGAUGUUCAAGACAUUAUCAAAAGACACCAGGCCCAGAUCAUCACAUCCUUGAAGGAUCCUGACAUCAGUAUCCGGAGACGUGCUCUGGAUCUGCUAUAUGGCAUGUGUGAUGUAUCAAAUGCAAAAGACAUAGUUGAAGAAUUGUUGCAGUAUCUCAGUGCAGCAGACUUUGCAAUGCGUGAAGAAUUGUCCUUAAAGGCUGCUAUUCUUGCAGAGAAGUUUGCUCCUGAUCUAUCAUGGUAUGUGGAUGUGAUCCUUCAGUUGAUUGACAAAGCAGGAGAUUUUGUCAGUGAUGACAUUUGGUUUCGUGUCGUACAGUUCGUCACAAACAAUGAGGACCUACAGUCUUACGCAGCUGUGAAAGCCAGGGAGUAUCUUGAUAAGCCUGCUAUACAUGAGACAAUGGUCAAGUUAAGUGCUUAUCUACUUGGAGAAUACAGCCACCUUCUGGCUAGGCGGCCUGGGUGUAGUCCGAAGGAAAUUUUUAGCAUCAUACAUGAGAAACUUCCUACUGUUUCGACUUCAACAAUUCCUAUUCUUCUUUCAACAUAUGCUAAGAUUUUGAUGCACACUCAACCCCCAGACGCGGAGCUGCAAAAUCAGAUUUGGGCAAUAUUUAGCAAAUAUGAGAGUUGCAUUGAUGUUGAGAUUCAGCAGCGAGCUGCUGAAUAUUUUGCAUUGAGUAGGAAAGGUGAAGCUUUAAUGGAUAUAUUGGCUGAAAUGCCUAGGUUCCCUGAGCGCAAGUCUGCAUUGUUAAAAAAAGCUGAAGAUACUGAAGCGGAUACUGCGGAGCAAAGUGCUUUGAAGUUAAGGGCGCAGCAGCAGACUUCUAAUGCUUUGGUAGUGACUGGCCAAUCCCCUGCUAAUGGAACUCUACCUGUGAACCAGCUUAGUCUGGUCAAGGUGCCUAGCAUGAGCAAUAAGGAUCAUAACUCAGCAGACCAAGGGUUGACUCAGGAAAAUGGGGCUUUGAGUGUAGUGGAUCCUCAGCCUCCUGUCCCUCCAACUGAUGUUCUUGGUGAUCUUUUAGGUCCACUCGCUAUUGAAGGCCCUCCUGGUGCUGCUGUUCAGUCUGAGCAUAGUUUGGUUUCUGGAUUAGAAGUUGUUUUAAAUGCAGAAGAGAGUCUAGCCAUUGCAACUGUUGAAGAGCAAACAAAUACUAUCCAGCCAAUAGGAAAUAUUGCUGAAAGAUAUCAUGCUUUAUGCCUGAAGGAUAGUGGUGUUCUGUAUGAGGAUCCUAAUAUUCAGAUUGGCGUUAAAGCAGAGUGGCGAGCCCAUCAUGGCCGUCUCGUCCUUUUCCUGGGAAACAAGAAUACUUCCCCACUUGUUUCAGUUCAAACUUUGAUAUUACCUCCCUCCCAUUUGAAGAUUGAGCAGUCAUUAGUACCUGACAGUAUUCCCCCGCGGGCACAGGUGCAAUGCCCACUUGAAGUCGUGAACCUCCGGCCAAGUAGGGAUGUUGCAGUUCUCGACUUCUCCUAUAAGUUUGGAACCUAUGUCAAUGUCAAACUUCGCCUUCCUGCUGUCUUGAACAAAUUUAUUCAGCCUAUAACGGUGUCCGCUGAAGAGUUUUUCCCACAAUGGAGAUCACUUUCUGGACCACCUUUGAAACUUCAAGAAGUGGUUAGAGGUGUAAGACCAAUGUCAAUCAUGCAAAUGGCAGACUUAUUUAACAGUUUCAGGUUGAUGGUUUGUCCAGGGCUUGAUCCUAAUCCAAAUAAUUUGGUGGCAAGUACAACCUUCUAUUCAGAGAGUACAAAAGCCAUGCUGUGCUUGAUAAGAAUGGAGACUGAUCCAGCAGACAGAACACAGCUGCGUAUGACAGUCGCCUCAGGGGACCCUAUGCUAACAUUUGAGUUCAAGGAGUUCAUCAAGGAACAAUUAAUUAGCAUCCCAACAGCUUUGCAGGGACCCGCACCAGUGCCUACACAAGCUCAACCAAUCAGUGUAGCGACAGCAUCAUCAGAUCCCGGGGCCAUGCUUGCUGGUUUGCUUUGAAAAGUUGGAUAUAAUUUAUACAAGAUUUGUGCAUUACUACACUUGUAAAACUGAUUAUACAGCAGCCCCACCCAUCUAUUCCCAAAGACUUAGAGGUGGAUGACGAACAAUAGAAUGCAGCGGCUGGCAGAAUUGAGGGUGACCUUAUAUGCGAUCAUCGGCUUAGUGUUUGAGUUGGAUUUCUGAGGUGGUUGGUUCGGCAUUUUGAGAUUCUUUUUCAAAUUUACAUUGUGCUUUAUGAAUUUUUUGUCUGUUUUUUCCUUUUAUUUUUUCGGGUGAGGGGUUUAUUUCUUUUUCUUUUCAAAAUUACAUUGUGCUUUUGUCCUUGUCUAGCCAGGUUUAAGUGGAUCGUUUUCUGUCAUACAAACAGCAUGCGAGCAACUGAAUAGAACUAGUUGUGUAACAAUCCUGUGUCAAUCUGUAUUUAUAUUUUUAAAAACGAAAGUGUACGACAAAAACAAAAAAAACAAGAAAGUCCUGCAGCAUCAAUUUGUUUGUAUUCUUUGCCUUGGUGUUGAAAGGAUUAAUGUAGUUCAAAAGAAAUGGGAGGAAGGGAAGGGGUGCUACUUGUUACA